UGUAACACACUGAACUACACCCACUCCCCGCUCCCCAAAGACCUCCUGUCCCAAACGCUGCUAGGAUUUCACUCUUCCUGGGAUGUAGAAGAGAGCAGUAGUUGGUGGAAUCCUAGCCAACCCUAAGAAACAGGAUUAACCUCAACAGUUCUCCUGGGAACCUUUGAUUCAAACUGUGAUUUGAUUUGUUUUCUGAAACAUUGAUUCUUUGGUCACAGAUUGCAGCCAUGCCUGUCUCUGGAACACCUGCUCCAACCAACAAGAGGAAGAAGCCUUCAAAAAUCAUCACAGACUUCUCAAACAUCUCACAACAUGACCAGCAAGAUGAGGAUGCUGAAGCUGCUGAACUGGACUUGGGGACCAAAAUCAAAGCCCCUAAAGAUGUGAUGUUGGAGGAGCUGUCCCUCAUGAAGAACAAGGGCUCCAAAAUGUUCAAGAUGAGACAGCAGAGGGUGGAGAAAUUCAUCGUCAGUGAUGAGAACCUGCUAAACCUUCAGAAUCUGGCUCCUUCUCUGGGAUGUGAAAUGACUGCUCCACCUGAACCCUCUCCCAAACCAGAGCCACCUCAAGUAGAGGAAGUAAAUGCUGAGGCAGAGAAGGAAAAGAGACGUCGUGAGUAUGUAAAAACAUAUGUAUCACCAUGGGAACGUGCUAUGAAAGAUGAUGAGGAACUUAAAGAAACCAUGAAGUUGAAAAUGCCAGGGCCUCAAGUUCACAAGGAACUUCCCAAGUACAAGAGUUUCAACAAAACUGCUCUACCCUUUGGAGGAUUUGAGAAGGCCUCUCGUCUUGUCACCUUUGAGCAACCAGAGAUCAAGGUAACUGAUGAGGAGCCACAGCCAGUGUCUGUGUUGCAGUAUAACAUUUGCUGUCGGCCUUCUUUCAAUCGCACUCCGAUCGGUUGGAUGUGCAAUGAGGAGCACAGCCACAUCCACAUGGAGCUGGAAAACAUCCCCUUUGAUGGAGAGACUGAUGACCUCUAAGAAACCUGCCCAUCAUAUGUAAACAACACAGAAAUGUAUAAAUAUAUACAAAAAACAACAUACAUAUUCUAACAUGAAGGCCAAGUACACAUGCGUAAGCACAUACACAGACCAGCAAACAGGGACCUUAUGCACUCACCCCCAAAAACAAUGACUGAUUCAUAUUUGCAAGAGAAUGGAAUCAUCUUUGCCCUUUCUCCCAUUGUUUUGUGUGCUGUUUUCUUUGGAAACCCAUCACUGCAUGUUGUGAUUAGCUAGUUCAUAUGUUACCAGACACAUUAUGCCUAAUUGACUGCACUGGUAUUUAUGAUAGACAUAUACACACAAACUAAAUAAUAGGCAAAAAUGAUCAAGCACUAAAA